AUGUAUUUCUUGCAUUACAUACUCGCAUUAAGUGGAACUGGCCUCGGGGCAUGGCAAUUCCCCCAACAGCCCAUGUCCGCGCCUGGUUAUAAGCCGUAUACGGGCGUCGAUGAAGACGUGGAUAUUGUCAACGGAAGUCAAUUUAACGGCUUAACCACAUAUGGGAACCUGCCAUAUCUGAACUGCGUAUCAGAUGAAGAAGUCGGUGAUAAAAAAUACGAUAUUGCAAUAUUAGGCGCACCUUUUGAUACUGGGGUUACGGCUAGACCUGGGGCUCGCUACGGUCCGAAGGGUAUCAGGGCCGGAAGCACAAGAAUAGACAGGGAGACUGCAUGGAGCGUGUAUACCGAUAAAAACCCUUUGAAAUCAUGGGCGACAAUUGUCGAUUGCGGCGAUGCGCCACUACCAUGGCUGGAUAACAACGUCGCUCUGGCGAAAUUAGACAAAACACACAGGGUUAUCUCCGGAAGAAAGGCUUCUGAUGAAAGUAAUUCUGCACAUCCGAGGAUCAUAACACUGGGCGGCGACCAUACCACGACAUUAUCGGCGUUGAGAUCAACGUACCAGCGCUGGGGACAAGUAUCUGUAGUCCACUUUGAUGCUCACAUAGAUACAUGGGAUCCUUCGGUACUUGGAGGUGAUAUUUCAGACUAUGCCGGCGUAAACCACGGAACAUUUCUUCACAUCGCACAUGAAGAGGGUCUUAUCCGCAACAGCUCCAUACACGCCGGAAUACGGGCGCCUGUAAUGCGCAAAGCAAAAGACAUGGAAAACGACGUCCGCUGCGGGUUCGACACUAUCAAGGCUCGCGACCUGGACAAGAUCGGCACUGCGGGUGUGAUUGCGCAGAUUAAAGAGCGUGUGGGGGACUCCAGGGUCUAUAUUAGCGUCGACAUCGAUGUUCUAGACCCAGCAUUUGCGCCGGCGACGGGAACGCCCGAGAUAGGAGGUUGGUCGUCGAGGGAGCUUCUCACGAUUCUCGAUGGGCUAGACGGUCUUGCCAUCAUCGGCGGGGAUGUUGUGGAGGUAGCACCAGUCUACGAUACUGUUGGACAAACAACAACGCUCGCGGCUUCUGAAGUCGUUUUCUCCCUCAUCUCGCUAAUGGUUGAGAAUCCAGUGAAAUCAUAG